AUGAUCCUGACUAAAAGAACAGUAGGAGUGAAGUUGAUGCAUGCGCUGUUUAUUCUUGUGCUGUGCGCGCUGCUUAAAGAGGCAGCUGCCUCAACUGUCUCUGAAGGAAGCAUAGACGCAGACGGAAUGGCAGAUCUGGGAACAGAAAGCGCCAUUAAAUGGCUGAAAGAGUACAUUUCCCAAAAAGAAGUGUGCGAUAGCAUCAGCCUGUCGCCUGAUGGGCUGCUAUCGCUCAUGUACGAGGAAGAGGUGAACAACAUAGUUAAGGUGGUUGUGUGCAUAUGCUUUGGCCCUGAAAAUCUGCAGAUUUCUGAUAACUGGGAAAAGGUAAAGCUCGCUCUGGUGGAGCUGAUUGAAAGAACAAAUAACGGAGCAGACGUGAUCAAUGCAAAAAGCACAGCCCUGUACAACGCAAUAGUCAACCACCCUUCUCGUGUGCCAUACUCUGAAGAAGUACUGGUCGAUUCAUUGCGCAGACUGUUUGGAAUAUCUUCUGAAGAAAGCGAGCUAAAAAGACAAUUUUUGUCGGUUAAGAGUCUGCACAGCGGAGAAAAAAAAGAGAACAGCGGAUACACGCUAAACCACCCCGUGGACGUGCUCAACAUGCUCUAUCUGCACGCUGUUCUCUAUGGCAUAGACAUCAUGGAAAACAAGCUGCUCAGCUGGAAUCUCACCAUAAACACAUUUUUGUACAACUUGGGGAAAGAAGUUGACCGGCUCAUGAGAGACGCAUACAACUCGCCAAAUGAGUACAUACACAGAAUGCACAUAUCAGACUAUUUGCGGCUGGUAAGACCUGAAGCAAACAACUACUGCAAGGUAAUCAACAACAUUCUCAACACAGACCAGCACUGCUACACCUUGGAGCACAUACAGAAGCCCAGAGAAACGUACAAUGCAGAGUUCAACAACAUAAAACGCGUUAGCACAGGGUUUUAUCGAAUGACGCCAGCUACGUACAUACACCCUUUCACGAGAUUCACGAUAAGGAACAAUAUCACGAUCAAAAAAAGUGAAAGCUACAGAGAUGAUGAUAUUUAUUUUUUGAAUGACUGCUGGUACCUGGAUCUCACCCACGACUACCCCUCAGUUAAAAAAGAAUUGCAGAGACCGCACACGCUAAAAGACGUAAUAAUACCAGAGCAUAUAGAGAACAUCGUUAUAAACUCGGAUAAUAUAAGCCCAGAAGAACGCGUAGAGAUAGUUGUGCGGUGCUUUGGCAGAAACAAUUACAAUAUCUACACAAGAGAUGCCUAUUCUGGUGCUAUAAAUAGAUCCAGCGAGAAAAAAGCAGUAGACACUAAGACAGAACAAAAAGAAACAAUAACUGGACAGACAGUGUGUGUUUCUAACUUGCAGUGUGCAUGA